AUGGAGAAUGUGGUUUGUGAAUGUUACGGAGGUGUUGAAGAAGGGGAGAAGAAGAAGAAACAGAACAGUUCGACGACUGCUCCGGUCACCGUUGUUCUUAAGGUUGAUAUGCAUUGUGAUGGUUGUAUUGCUCGGAUCGUUCGAUUAGCUCGUCGUUUGGAAGGAGUUGAAACAGUGAGAACAGAACCUGUUUUGAACAAGCUGACUCUGAUUGGGUUUAUGGAUCCAGUGAAGACUGCUGAGAAGUUGCAGAGGAAGAGCAAGAAGAAGGUGGAGCUGAUAUCUCCUAAACCAAACAAAGAAACCAAAGAGAAGAAUGAGAAAAAGGCUAAUGAUAAGACUCCGACUGUGAUUACUGUGACCACAGUGGUACUGAAGCUGAAUUGCUCAUGUGAUGGCUGCAUCAAGAGGAUUUACAAGUCCAUCUGUAUGACCAAAGGAGUGUAUCAAGUCAAAACAGACAGGGAGAAGGAAACGGUAACAGUCACAGGGACGAUGGACAUAAAGACUGUGACAGAGAACCUGAAACGUAAGCUGAAGAAAACUGUUCAUGUCGUGCCUGAGAAGAAGAAGAAGAAAGAUAAAGACAAUGCAGAGGGAAAUGGAAUCACCAAAGUCGGGUCCCCGGGUCAACCUGGUUAUGGUUGCACUUGCACUCAUGGGCUUGGGCCUUUCAUGUACUCGGGAGGCCCAAUGACUGGGUUUUUCAGCGAGGAAGAUGAGAGCUUUUGCAGCGUUAUGUGA